UUGCUGAACUCGUCUACUGGCGUGAUGUGAAGAACUCGGGCGUCGUUUUUGGCGCCGGCCUGGUCAUUCUCUUUUCGCUGUCCAUCUUCUCGGUCAUCUCUGUGGUUGCGUACACGCUUCUCUUCACCCUUCUGGGCACCCUUUCCUUCCGCAUUUACAAGAAUGUCAUGCAAGCCGUUAACAAGACCAAUGAGGGACAUCCCUUCAAAGAGUAUCUUGAAAUCGAAAUUGCCCCGCCCCAAGAACGAAUUCACGAGAUUGUAGAUUCAGUUGUUGCUCACGGUACCUGCUUCAUUAACCGAAUGCGAAGUGUUCUUCUCGUUGAGGACCUGGUCGAUUCACUGAAGUAUCUUCUCAUCUUCUGGGCUCUCACCUACAUUGGCGCCUGUUUCAAUGGCCUUACCUUGAUUCUGUUGGCGUACCUCGGUGCCUUCUCCCUUCCAAUUGUCUACGAGCAGAACAAGGCUCAGAUUGACCAGUACCUGGAUCUGGUGAGCAGCAAGAUCUCGGAGAUCAGUGACAA